CUGACGACUCAUUCACUCCAACAGGAAUUAAUGGAGUCCACGUGCAUCACCAUCAGGCAUGGAGAAAACAAACAGUUCUACGCUAACACAGACUGCCGUCUCAUUGUGUUUCUGAACUUCUUGAAAGACAAGCUUGAACUCCCCAGAAAAGAGCUGAUUGACUUGUGUGAUGAGUCCGGAAAUCUCAUGUUGCUCUUCCUGUGCAAGAACCAGAUGGAGAACACAAAACAUCUAGUGCCAGGACGAUGCACCUUCAUCGUCUGCCGAAUUGCAAUCUGCAGCAUAAGCCUUUCUGAUGAAGUCCUUGACACGCAGUAUUCAGCUCCAGUAUCUACAUGGACCACAGAUUAGCUGUUCU